ACAAGUGACACAAAGCAAGGUGUGGGUCCAGAGUGUGUCUGUGGGCCACAGUGUGAGUGGAAGUCUGACAUGCAAACACCAGGCAGAGAUUUCAACAAUCUAAGUGGUCACAGCUACUCAGACAUGGUGGACACCCAGCAGCUCCUUGCUUGGCCUGUUGGUUUUAGUCUGAGCACCGUGGACCUGCCAGAGUUCAACGACAGCUCCCACUGCCUUGACAUGAAACAUUUGUCCACAUCAGACUACGCUUCCAUUUCCUCCUCUUCCAUACCUUCCUCCUUGUCUCCCCCACUUGUGUCUUCGAUGUCGUCCACUGGCAUGGCCUACGACCCUAGUCCGCCACAGAGCGAGGACCACCUGACCAACAUGGACUAUACAAACUUGCACAGCUACAGGACAGAACUAGACACCCACAGUUCAGUCAAGUUGGAGCCAGAUUCACCCCCUCAGUACUCGGACAGCCCCGUGUUCUCCAAGCUGCCAGAAGACACGCCAUCAUCAUCGUUGAACAUCGAGUGUAGAGUGUGUGGGGACAAAGCCUCAGGGUUUCACUAUGGCGUUCAUGCCUGCGAGGGCUGUAAGGGUUUCUUCAGGCGCACUAUUAGGUUAAAGUUGGUGUACGAUCACUGCGACCUUCACUGUCGCAUUCACAAGAAGUCCCGCAACAAAUGCCAAUACUGUCGUUUCCAGAAGUGCCUCAACGUCGGCAUGUCGCAUAACGCCAUCCGUUUUGGCCGAAUGCCCCAAGCAGAAAAGGAGAAGCUGCUGGCCGAGUUCUCAUCUGACAUGGAGCACAUGCACCCAGAGGCAGCAGAUCUGAGGGCUCUGGCUCGACAUCUGUACGAGGCCUAUCUGAAAUACUUCCCCCUCACCAAGGCCAAGGCCAGGGCCAUCCUUUCUGGGAAAUCCGGAGACAACGUGCCUUUUGUCAUCCAUGACAUUAAGUCUCUUAUGGAAGGAGAGCAGUUAAUCAACAAUGGGCAGACAUCUUUUCAGGAGCAGCAGAUUGCCACAGCUGGACAUGGAGUUUCUGGAAUCGCUGGAGCCCUCUCAAGUCCAGAUUGUAAUGUUUUCGGGAUGGCCAGCAACAUUGGAUCAGAACCACCGGAUGGCGUGGAGCUUCGUUUCUUCUACAGCUGCCAGUCACGCUCAGCAGAAGCAGUGAGGGAAGUGACAGAGUUCGCCAAAAGCAUCCCGGGAUUUGUUAACCUGGACCUCAACGAUCAAGUAACUUUACUGAAAUAUGGAGUAAUUGAAGUCCUGAUCCUGAUGAUGUCUCCUCUGAUGAACAAAGAUGGCACCCUGAUCUCUUAUGGACAGAUUUUCAUGACGCGGGAGUUCCUCAAAAGUCUCAGGAAACCUUUUUGUCAAAUGUUGGAACCAAAGUUUGACUUUUCCGUGAAGUUUAACACUCUGGAGCUGGACGACAGCGACAUGGCGCUCUUUCUGGCUGUUAUUAUCCUCAGUGGGGACCGGCCGGGCCUGCUGAACGUGAAGCCCAUCGAGCAGCUUCAGGAGACAGUGCUUCACUCCCUGGAGCUGCAUCUGAAAAUAAACCACCCAGACUCUCUGCAGCUGUUCGCCAAGGUGCUCCAGAAGAUGACGGACCUCCGUCAGAUGGUCACAGACCACGUCCAGCUCAUCCAGCUGCUGAAGAAGACUGAGGUGGACAUGUUCUUACAUCCCCUGCUGCAGGAAAUCAUGAAGGACUUGUACUGAAAAUGAAAAGAGAAUUUUUAAAAAAAGGACAAAGUAGAGGCGUGAGCUGUUUGGUUUGCAAGUGAACUGAUUGAAAUUGACAAGAGAAGAGCAGGAAAAGUGAAAAUAAAGGAAAGAAGUACUGAAUCUCAGCUUGUAUAGUAUACAUGUGUGCAACCUAUGGUGCACAGUCAUUUUGUUAUGAGUUCCCGUGUAAGUUUCAAGUAUCACGUACUGCAGCAGUCAACGUUAUACUGGAGCUUGGUAUGAAACCAUGUUUAUGUCUGCACAGCCAGCACUGUAUGCCUUAAAGAUGGAUAUCUUCUUUCACUUGCCAUGUCAUGAAUGUUGCUUAGGAGCAGGUUCUUAUGUAAUGACCACCGAGAGCAGCUGGAGCACAAUAAAGCUCACAAAUGUCUAACAUCGAGAGCAGUUGUUUACAUCAGGAUAAAGGGCUGAUGUCCAACAGAAAUCAGAGACCUAGAUGCCCACGAGAAACAAAAGGUGACGCACAAUGUUGACGUUAUCUAACAAUGAAGCCAUGGUUGCUAUAAAGUGCCUUUAAAAUCUUUUCGUAAGAAUGAAUGUACAUCUGUGUAAAAUUAAUGUUAUAUAGUAACUUUUGCUGUUUCCUCUUUUUUUUUUUGCAUAAAAUCUGACAGAAACUUUCUAUUGAGCCAUAUUUUAUUACAAAUUCUGAAAUUUGGUCAGGUUGAUAAUUUUUACUGUGAAGUUUUUUGGGGGCUCUGCAGACAAAGAGAUUGGAUUAAUACCGCUGGGGGAAAUAUAUGAAGCAAUUAUAUGUAAAUAAAAUAUUUUAUAACUUUUUACGUAAGUCUGUUUUUUUUUUUUUUUGCCCGAAUGGCAUUUGACUCGACAAUAUUAAAGAAUUUCCAGGCAUUUGUUUUCCUCCCCCUUGAGGCCUUUCCAGUCAGUCGAAAUGCAAUCUGCUGUUGUGACAUCAAGUCCCGCACUGUUUGCUACACCUGAAUUUUGCUGAACCGCACCUGAGCAGCAUGUUCUGUGGAUGGGAAUUUCACCAGCUUGCGAAAUAAAAAUCAGUUUCACGUU